AUGCAUGAAGAAUAUAACAAUGCUGAAACUAGUGAAAUAACAGGAAUUGGACUGGAAAGAUCCAAUUGUAAGGGUGGUUCUCUUGCGCCUUCGGUCAGUAAGAUAAAUCAUAUGGAACGCUUCAGGCGCCUUCACCAGCGAAGGCAAGAAGCAAGAAAAUCAAACCAUGAACAAGUAGUCGAAGAGGAUCGCUUAUCGAAAUUGCCAAAAAAUUACGAAAUGAAACAGAUGCGACAGAAGUGGGAGCUGGAGGAAAUGGAAAUGAGAAGGGAAGCGGAAAAAUAUGGUGAAGACUACGAUCGGUUAAAAGCGUUGAAUUAUCAAGCAGAUUUAUUUAAGAAAAAGGAAUUCUUGAAAUCAAAGAAGAAAAAUCCCGACAAAGGAUUCAGUGAUUAUGAGGCGAUGACACUCAGACAAUAUCAGCGAUUAACAGGCAACAUAAAACCUGAUAUGUAUUCCUAUGAGAAAAUGCGUCAAAUCAUUGGUAAUGCUGACUUUUAUCCUACUGCUGAUACUUUAGUCAGUGGUUCUCAUUAUCCCACGGAAGCAGCUAUGGAUAAGCUUGCAGAAAGCAUUAAAGACCAACAAAAAAAACGUGACCAAUACCAUCGUCGUCGUAUGUUUGAUCCUGAUGCACCAAUCGAUUAUAUCAACGAACGCAAUCGAAAAUUCAAUCUUAAGUUGGAUCGUUUUUAUAAUAAAUAUACCGAAGAUCUUAAAAGCGAUUUAGAAAGAGGAACUGCGAUUUAG